AUGGGUCGGAAAGUUUGGCAAAAUAGAAAGAAGAGAGAUGAAGGGUCCAUGAUGACUUCAGGGUCUAGAGAAGUUCAAAGAGGGGCAUCACACCCUUAUAUGCAAGUUCAGCAGGGGCAGUCUAGCUACCCUCAACAUUACUAUCCUCCACCAAUUCCUGAAUAUUCUAUGGGCCCACCACAAUACACAAUGUUUAAUGCCCGAGCUUAUGGUCGGCCUCCCAAUCAACUGUUACCGUUGAAGCAUAUGGGCAUGAUUGGACCGAUUGCUCCCCACCACAUACAUCCCGAUACACAUGGCUUUCAAUCAAAUGCUAGAUGUGAAUAUCAUUCAGGUGCCCCGGGGCAUAGCACUGAUGACUAUUGGACUCUGAAUAAAGCCAUAGAAAGACUCAUAGCUGAAAAGUUGAUUGUGGUGACAAAUGACGAGAACCCUCCUAAUGUGACAAAUAACCCAUUGCCAGCACACAAUGAUGUUCAUUUUGAGGGAAUAAUUGGCCGAGAUCAUGAAUACAAGCAGGUUGGAAGUCCGCUCCAGUGUUCCAAGCCAAAGGUUGUAGUCCUAGGAGGCCACCCCAUCAUGCAGAAUCAAGGUGGUACAAAAGGUAUAACAGAGCCGAUCCUAAUCAAACUCGCCAUGCAACCCCGUUUGAAAAGCACCAAAACCAUUCCUUCAAACUACAACAAAAUUGUGGUGACCUACAAAGGCAAGGAAAUCAUAGAAGAAGUGGGGGAAGUUGGAGAUUUGACUCGAUCGGGUAGGUGUUACUCUCCAGAAGAUUUGAGAAAGGCAAAGCAAAUUAGAGAAGGCCAAAUGCCAAUAAAGAAACUAGUCAUUGAAGAAGAGGCGGAAAAGUUUUUGAAAAAGACGAAAGUUCAGGAUUACUCAAUCGUUGAUCAGUUGAGAAAGACUCCUGCUCAAAUCUCUCUGCUAUCUCUACUCAUACAUUCAAAAGAGCAUGCCCGUGUAGUAAUUAAGAUCCUGAACGAGGUACAUGUCUUAGAGAAGACCACAGUGAAUCAGUUUACUGAGGUAAACAAAAUCACCUUUACUGAUGAUGAACUCCCCGAGGAGGGAGCAGGGCACAAUAUGGCUUUGCACCUGACUGUCAAAUAUGGAGGGCAUUAUGUAAAGCGUGUCAUGGUUGAUGGAGGCUCGAGCGUAGAUGUAUUCCCUCUCUCUACCUUGUAA